GCGCUCCCCGCCCCGCCCCGCCCCUCUCCCGCGGCCGCCGAGGGGCCGGGCCGGCGGCGGGGGAGGCGCCGAGCUGGGACUGCGCGCUCGCCUGCCGCGCUCUGGGCGGCCCGACCGUGCGGCCGGACCUCGCGCCCCGCGCGCCCCAGCCGGCUUUUGUUGUCUCCGCCUUCUCGGCCCCGCCGCCUCUCUGGACCGCGAGCAGUGUGCGCCGGGACCUUGGCUCUGCCCUUCCCGGGCGGGGACUGCGCGGGGCUAGCCGGGAUCCGAGAGAGGCGCGCGCGGGCGGCCGGGGGCGCCGCCGGCCCCGCCAUGGAGCUCCGGGCCCGAGGCUGGUGGCUGCUGUGCGUGGCCGCCGCGCUCGUCGCUUGCGCCCGCGGGGACCCUGCCAGUAAGAGCCGGAGCUGCAGCGAAGUCCGCCAGAUCUACGGGGCCAAGGGCUUCAGCCUGAGCGACGUGCCCCAGGCGGAGAUCUCGGGUGAGCACCUGCGGAUUUGCCCCCAGGGCUAUACCUGCUGCACCAGCGAGAUGGAAGAGAACCUGGCCAACCGCAGCCGCACAGAGCUGGAGACCGCGCUCCGGGACAGCAGCCGUACCCUGCAGGCCACACUGGCCACCCAGCUGCAUAGCAUUGAUGGACACUUCCAGAGCCUGCUGAACGACUCGGAGCGCUCGCUGCAGGAGGCCUUCCCGGACGCCUUCGGCGAGCUCUAUGCCCAGAACGCCCGGGCCUUCCGCGACCUGUACGCCGAGCUGCGCCUCUACUACCGCGGGGCCAACCUGCACCUGGAGGAGACGCUGGCCGAGUUCUGGGCCCGCCUGCUCGAGCGCCUCUUCCGGCAGCUGCACCCCCAGCUGCUGCUGCCCGAGGACUACCUGGACUGCCUGGGCAAGCAGGCCGAGGCCCUGCGGCCCUUCGGGGAGGCCCCGCGGGAGCUGCGCCUGCGUGCCACCCGCGCCUUCGUGGCCGCCCGCUCCUUCGUGCAGGGCCUGGGUGUGGCCAGCGAGGUGGUCCGGAAGGUGGCCCAGGUGCCCCUGGGCCCCGAGUGCUCUCGGGCUGUCAUGAAGCUGGUCUACUGUGCUCACUGCCUGGGCGUUCCUGGUGCCCGGCCCUGCCCCGGCUACUGCCGGAACGUACUCAAGGGCUGCCUAGCCAACCAGGCGGACCUGGACGCCGAGUGGAGGAACCUCCUAGACUCCAUGGUGCUCAUCACUGACAAGUUCUGGGGCCCGUCGGGUGCAGAGAACGUCAUCGGCAGUGUGCACCUGUGGCUGGCGGAGGCCAUCAGCGCCCUCCAGGACAACAGGGACACACUCACAGCCAAGGUCAUCCAGGGCUGCGGGAACCCCAGGGUCAGCCCCCAGGGCCCUGGGCCUGAGGAGAAGCGGCGCGGGGGCAAGCUGGCCCUGCAGGAGAAGCCCCCCACAGGCACGCUGGAGAAGCUGGUGUCCGAGGCCAAGGCCCAGCUCCGUGACAUACAGGACUUCUGGAUCAGCCUCCCAGGGACGCUGUGCAGCGAGAAGAUGGCCAUGAGCUCUGCCAGUGAUGACCGCUGCUGGAACGGGAUGGCCAAGGGCCGGUACCUACCCGAGGUGAUGGGUGAUGGCCUGGCCAACCAGAUCAACAACCCUGAAGUGGAAGUGGACAUCACCAAGCCAGACAUGACCAUUCGGCAGCAGAUCAUGCAGCUGAAGAUCAUGACCAACCGACUGCGCGGCGCCUACGGUGGCAACGACGUGGACUUCCAGGAUGCCAGUGACGACAGCAGUGGCUCAGGGAGCGGCGGUGGCUGCCCAGACGACAUUUGCGGCCGGAGGGUCAGCAAGACAAGGUCCAGCUCCCACACGCCCCUGACCCAUGCGCUCCCGGGCCUGUCCGAGCAGGAGGGGCAGAAGACCUCAGCCGCCAGCUGCCCCCAGCCCCAAGCCCUCCUGCUGCUGCUCCUGGUCCCGGUUUUCGCAGCAGCCAGGCCCCGGUGGCGGUAACUGCCCGACCCAGAGGUGAGGCCAAGGACUGGCCUUGCCAAAGUGCAAAGCAGGAUAUUUAAUUCCCCUGGGCCUACAAAGCCCAGGGCAGGACAAGGGGACAGCAGCUCUGUGUGCUGGGCAGGGUGUGUGGGGCCCUGGCCCCAGGCUUGGCCUCCCCUGCCACCCUGGCUUUUAAUUUUGUAUGAGGUCCUCAGGUCAGCUGGGAGCCAGUGUCCCCAAAAGCCAUGGAUUUCAGGGACCUCAGGGGCACCUCUGGCUGCCCACAUCCCCGAGGCCCACGAAGGAGGUGGCCCUUCGCAGCGUCCCCCUGGAGGCCUCGAGCAAGCCUGUGCCUUCCUCGCCUGCCUUCUGCUGGGGACUCCCGCUGGACCCCACUGGCUUCAGACAUCAGCAGGCCCACCCGAGCACACACCAAGGGCGCCGGGGGUCCCUGACCGAGCCCUGCGGGCCUCUGAGUUUAUGCAUGAUACCUUCCACCCAGCGGGGCUCUGAGGCCAGGGACCCCCUCCUGUGUCACCUCAGAGUCCCAGGGAAUGUGGUCCACCCUUGGGGCCAUGCCAGCACAGCCACACGGGCUCUGCUAUGCCUUGCUUUUGCUUGUGGGUGGGGUGCCGUCCCCAACACCCAGGGAAGCAGGGGGGUCUGCCCCUCACGUGGGCUCACAAAGGCAGGCCUUCGGGGUCCAGGUCUGCAUGAGGAACCCCACUUCUGGGGAGCAGCCAGCCAUUCCUACCACCAUCCCAUCCAGGACCGCCCUGGGGCGUGGGCACCUGAGGCUCUCGGCUGGCCACAGGAUGCUGAGUUGCUCGGGGCCAUGAGACUGGGCCUGCAGGCCAGGGGCAGUGGGGCAGGGGCAGGGGCAGGCGUAGCCUGACAGUCAAGGGCUUCUCCAGCACGCGCACAUUCAGACACUUCUGUCCCUGCACUGGGACCUGCGUCUCUGUCCUCCCAAAGCGGUGAAGGUCCUGGGGCCCAGUGUGGACCCUGGGGCCCUUCCAUGGCCCUGAACUGAGUGUGCCCAGCUCGCAGCGGUCAUCAGGGCUCCUCCCCCAGGCCUGAGCAGGUCUCCCUCUCUCCAAGGCCCUGUGGCCAGCAAGCCCUGGGAUGGGGGCUGGUAUCCUGUAAGAAGGGGACCCUGCAUGGGAAGGACCACAGGGGCCGGGGGACAUCAAGCUGCCACAGCCAGGGACAGUGGUCCUGGCCCAAUGGGCCCUGAGAAGGUCACUCUGUCACUGGGCUCGGGAGGUUUCCCACAGCACAGUGGGUGACUGUGUGGCUGGUCCAGUCUCCUGGCACAGGGCAGGUGUCCUCUGAAGCUGGUCCUUGGACAUGUUGGGUCAGGCCUCGGCACACUUGCCCUGCGACAGCCAUGGAGCUGACCCUGGGACAGAGCCCCGUCCCCAGGGGCAGCGCUGGCACUGCACGUGACAGCCGGGGUGGCACUGUGGUACCCCACGUGCUUCUCUGGAAGGGGCGACCCUGAGCAGCCACUGGUCAGGGCAGUGGCCAGCCUGCCGUGUCCUUCCUCACAGGCCCCCGGCCACUUGGUGCCGGUGGGUCACCAGGUCACGUGUGUUCUUUGAGUCCUUGUGUGAAUAAAAGGCUGGAGACCUACUGCAGGA